UUAAAUAUCUAAUAUCUAUAAUAGAUAGUACCAUGGUGCCGCAAACAGUUAUCAGGAAUCACACUGAUCAACGUUUUAAGCAAAAUUGUGCUCCGUUGCAUCAAUGCUAUCCGUCUCUGUUCUGAACAUCACGACGUAGCCACGGAAGCUGAAGGCGAAGCUUGCAGCAGCAACAAGGAUGCCCACCUAAAAGCUAGCGACGACACGGAAAAGUUUAAUCAAGUAAACCCCAAAUGUGUCCCACGUGGGAGAGAGAUCAACCGCAGUCAUGCCGGUCAGUGCAAAGAGAGCAGCCUUGCAGUUAGUUUGUGGAUCCACAGCAGACGAAAACCUCAGAAGCUGGCUGAUCAUAUGAUGCUGCUUUCACGAACCCGCAGGGUGAUCUGUGAGGGGCACAUCUGUAUUGCCUAAGAGGAAGUGUCCUGGGGAGGAGACUCCGAUGGAGGAGGACUGUCUGGGCUCCCUGCACUUGAAUUUGACUGAUUCCGGCCCUUGGCGGACUCAUGAUCAUCAGCACUUGAACGGCGAGGGGAAGGGUGAUGUAAAUGAGGCAAUAUGGCUGCCGCGAACCGUGAGCUGCAGCCCUGUCGCAGCCGCGCUCUCCUUCGCCACAGCGCAAUGGGCAAUUCCUGACGCUGCUACUACAGAGAGGCCGUCUUUUGCUACAGACUGCGACUCUGUGGAUGAUAUUUUUUCAUUGUUGCACAAUUCUUUUCAUGCUGAUGAAUUGGAGCGCAAAGAGGAACAUGAUGGCACUGACUCAUCAGUGAAGUCAACGGGAAAUGACUUCAAGCCAUGUGAUGCUGCAGUGGGACAGCAACCGACGACGCAACAAAGGGAACAUUCAACGCAUCAGCUCUUAGACAACAGUCAUAUCGCGGUCGCCUUAAAGUCUGACUCAGAGGAAAAGGAGGAGGACUGUGUCAUGUCCGUAGCAUUUAGUACAACUGUGGAUUCACGCCCAGAAGAACAACCACAGGACAAAAUGGAUGCGCUUAAGACUGGAUGCGGCGACUCAUCUGGAGGCCAAACUUCAUUUCAAGGUCCCAAGUUGGUGGAUGGGAGCCAAGUGGUUAGUGGUUCUGAGGGAUGCAUCUCCAACACUGUGACGGAAUCCACAGAACCAAAACAAACUGCAGGAACCCCAAGUCAAAAGGUUCAAGCAGCUGAUGUUGGCGAGAAAGAACCACAAAUGGACAGCAGGUCGCUCCCAAAACACUGUGAAAACUCUGUUCACUUGGGACAGCCUCAAAGUCCAGAUGCAUCACACACUUCAAUCCAGCCCGUUGACUCUGUUGUUGUAAAGCAAAAGGAGGUCGCAAGCACCCUAAAAGGAUCUGGGCAGGUACUCGUGGCAAAUGGCGAGCCAAGCAUAACCGUGGAGUCUACGACAACUUGUAUGAAUGGAGGCGAUAUGGACCGAGAGAAGGUGUGUCGACUCGCUAAGCAGCUCUUUCAGCUUGACGGGAUCGAGCGACUAGAUGUGGUCAAGCACCUUGACAAAGAUAACGCCUUCAGUCGUGCUGUUGGAGAAGAGUACCUCAAAUUCUUUGACUUCACUGGGCAAACUCUGGAUCAAGCCCUGAGGUCUUUUCUUAAAGUCGUCAUCCUGAUUGGAGAGACGCAGGAGCGUGAACGGGUGCUGCAACAUUUCGCUGGUCGCUUCCAUCAGUGCAACCCGGAGUCCUUCUCUUCAGCAGGAGCCGCGCUUGGCAUCACAUGUGCUCUGAUGCUCCUCAACACGGACCUACAUGGACAGAACGUAGGGAAAGCCAUGUCCUCGUCCAAGUUUGUGUCCAACCUGGAGGGCAUGAACGAUGGUGAAAACUUCAGCAGAGAUCUGCUGAAAAGUCUUUACAACUCAAUCAAAAGCGAGCCACUGCAAUGGGCUGUUGAUGAGGAGGAGCUGACUUCGGCAUUGACGGAAGAGGUGGAUGCGCCGCUGCGCUCUAAGAGCAACCCCUUCCAGGACGUCCCCCAUGACAAGGCCGCCCCCGUGGUCAAGCAGGGCUUCAUCCAGAGGAAGCUCUACGCUGAUAUCGAUGGAAAGCGCACUCCUUGGGGGAAGAGGCGCUGGAAAACCUUCUAUGGUGUGCUGAAAGGAAUGGUCCUUUACUUACAGAAGGAUAACACGAGGAGGGAGCAGCAAACCAACGAGGAGGUGGUUAGCGUCCAUCACUCGCUGGCCGAGCCGGCAGCUGACUACACCAAGAAGCCACAUGUAUUCCGUUUGCAGACUGCCGACUGGAGAGUUUUCCUGUUCCAAGCGUCAUCCAAAAUGGAGAUGACCUCAUGGAUCAACCGCAUUAACUUGGUGUCGGCGCUUCACUCCUCCCCCCCGUUUCCCGCUGCCGUUGGUUCCCAGCGGAGGUUUUGCAGACCCAUCCUGCCUGCCUCACAGUCCGCCCACACUCUGGAGCGUCAACUGCAGUCUCAUGCAGGAAUGCUGGAGUCCUUCAAGACAGAUUUAUCGCACCUCCAGAAGCACUUACCGGGUGGCAAAAAAGCUCGAGGGAAAGAGAUGGAAGAGCACCGCACGAGGGCCGAGUACCUGCACCAUGAGAUAUUUCGUUACGAGAGCUACAUGCAAGUACUGGAAGCCUGGAAGAGCGUGGAGAAGACUGGUGAUGGCGCUUUGAUUGCCGCCGCCCUUGGCUUGUUCGACAAAGCUAUGUGCGCAUCCCCAGUGACCGAGGAGGACGACAGCGACGAAGGCCACUUGACAAAGUCCCACUCCAGCCCUUCCCUGGAGCUGGAGAUGGCACCGCAAAGCACCGUCAAGAUUAAACGCAACGUCUCUGAAAGAUGGACUUACCGGAGGGCGGCGCCUCGGUUGAAUAAGGAGGGCAAGACGGAAAUUUAGGAACAAUUGUUUAUUCCUGGUACAAAAGAAACCCGACCACUCCGUAUCCUUUUGUUUUACCUCGUGCACUUUGACAAAAAAUUACCUCAGGGAUUCCCAAACGCAAGCAACCUGAUUCAUUUGUUUAUUGACCAAAAAUGUAUGGACCUGAAUUGACUUAUCUUAUGCGGUAUAAAAAUGGUUCAAAUGGGCCUACCUGGUUUGUGACCACAAGGUGGUGCUCCAGUUCAACCGGACGUUAUGACGUUGCUCGAAUUGCACUUUUGUUUUUCAAUCUAUUUUUCUUUGAAACAGUCAUUUUAUGUUUUUUUUUUGUUUGUUUGUUCAUAUGAAGGGUUCAUUAUGAAAUGUUUUCAACAUGUCAAGUGCUGGAGAUACAUUGUUCUUUUUGAUCCAUUGAAAACCUACAUAUUCAUUUUGCUACCAAACAAAUAAUUUUUGUAAUCUUAUGUAAGAAUAUUUGCUAAAAAAAAAAAAAAAAAAGGACUCCUGCUUAGCGACUUGUGUUAAGAAUUACAAUGAAGUACAGAUUUUUUCCACCAAUUUUCAUCAAUUAAAAUGUUUGCGUUUCAGCUUCAAAUAAUUACUUUUGUAGUUUUCAUUUUCUCACAAUGCAAACAAGGUUUAUAAACGGUUGAAGCCAGACGUUUGCAUACAAUAUGCAAAAACACAUUUAUGUUUCACUGAAGUCAAAUCAGACAAACCACUCCUGUUUCAGGUCAGUCAGGAUUCCCAAAAGUAUUUAAUUUUAUUAAAUGCCACAAUAACGAGAGAAUUUCCCAGAGAUUCUUUAAAAAAAAUAUAUUUUCAUCGAGGUUUAAAUUUUAGAUUUCACGCAAAUUUUACAAAAAGUACUAUGUCUUUAAGAUGAUGAGGUCAUGGGUUUGGAAGCUCCUGACACGUUAACCAACGUAAUGAGUCAAUUGACAGCGCACCUGGCUGCACCACAACGCUGCCUCCUUGUUUGAAGUCAUGGGGAAAAUCAAAAGAAAUCGACCAGGAAAUCAGAAUCAUGGAGCGCCACAAGUCCGGCUCAUCCUUGGGUGCAAUUUCCAGAUGCUUGAAGGUGCCACGUUCAUCUGUUCAAACUAUUAUACACAAGUAUGAACAUCAAGGGUGAUGGCCAGCCUUCACACCACUCAGGAAGAAGACUGGCUCUCUAUUUUAUUCUGGACAAAACCCCAGAACAAAAGCUAAGCCUAAAGACUUAAAACCUUGCAAAGAUGCCGGAUGAAGCUGGUAAGAAAGCGUUAUUAUCCACAAUUAAACUGCUUGUGUACUGACAUGGGCUGAAAGGCCACUCACCAUUACUCUUAAAAGAAAUCUUGAAGAAAAAAAACCCACAAAGACAACAACCUUAAGUUCUGGAGACGUGUCAUAUGGUCUGAUGAAACUAAAGUGGAGCUCUUAGGCCAUAAUGACCAACGUUACAUUUGGAGGAAAAAGGGGGAAGCUUAUAGAACUGAGAACACCAUGCCAACUACAAAGUAUGGAGGUGGCAGCAUCAUGUUGCCAGGAAGCUAAAAAUAGGAUGCAAAUGGACAAGAACCAGUGGUGGGAAGAGUAGCCAAAAAUUUGACUCAAUUAAGAGUAGCGUUACUUCAAAAUAAUAUUACUCAAGUUAAGUACAUUUUUUGGAUGAAUAUUUUAAGUACAAGUAAAAAAAUAUUCGGUGAAAAUAAUACUUAAAUAAUGAGUAACAUUGAGAGUAACUGCUUAUUUUGGUUUAAAUUUUUUUUUUUUAAACAAUAUUUUUUUUUCUCUUAGCACAAGCUUAUCUAUAUGAACUGUUAUAAUGAUACUGUACAAUAAUCCAUUACAUAACCACAUCGAGCCAAAGAAAUACAAAAAAACAAUAAAAAAACAAAACAUUGAAUUCCGGCGAGGAAAAAAAAAGACAGAAAUGCAGUAUGCUCCACUCCAAUGCUCCAAAGAGCAUGAGUGCCCUCUAGUGGAGAAAAUAGUUCCAAGUUUAAAUGGUGAAUAAUUCCUUCAUAGUUACUAUUAUGACAUUAAAAGGGUCAUAUCACCAGUUUUCCGUGGUCG